ACCUGUGGGAGGAUGAGGAAGUGCUGGUGUGUUCAGGGCUCGCUGGAGUUUGAAGUGCAGAGGCAGAGUUUGGUUUAAAGAGUCUGAUAGUGAUGGAGAAGUGCUGACAGGAACAGGCACGCUGGUGGAUUUUCUCUCAGGCGUAAACACAACACACGUACGGAUACCUAGAGAAGAAGGUGUGUGCAGGUGGACAGGCAGAAGAGGACUGGCACAAUGGCCAGCAAGUAUCACUGGCAGAGUCAGAAUGUCAAACAGAGCGGCGUGGACGACAUGGUGCUGCUCUCCAAGAUCACGGAGGACGCCAUCGUCGAGAACCUCAAGAAGAGAUACAUGGACGAUUAUAUCUUUACCUACAUCGGAUCUGUCUUGAUUUCAGUGAAUCCUUUUAAACAGAUGCCGUAUUUCACAGAUCGAGAGAUUGAGCUGUACCAAGGAGCUGCCCAGUAUGAAAACCCACCUCACAUCUAUGCCUUGACAGAUAACAUGUACAGAAACAUGAUGAUUGACAGCGAGAAUCAGUGUGUGAUUAUCAGUGGAGAGAGCGGUGCAGGAAAAACCGUGGCUGCUAAGUACAUCAUGGGCUACAUCUCUAAAGUGUCCGGUGGUGGCGCUAAAGUUCAGCAUGUAAAAGAGAUUAUCCUUCAGUCCAACCCUCUACUGGAGGCCUUCGGAAAUGCGAAAACGGUCCGAAACAACAACUCCAGCCGCUUUGGGAAAUACUUCGAGAUCCAGUUCAGCCGAGGAGGAGAACCGGACGGAGGCAAAAUCUCCAACUUCCUGCUGGAGAAAUCCCGGGUCGUGAGUCAGAACGAGAACGAGAGGAACUUCCACAUUUUCUACCAGUUGAUCGAAGGCUCUUCGGCUCAGCAGAAGGAAGGUUUAGGCAUCAUGACCCCCGACUAUUACAACUAUUUAAACCAGUCGGGAACCUACAAAGUGGACGGUACCAACGACAGCAGCGACUUCCACGAGACCAUGGAAGCCAUGCAAGUCAUCGGGAUCCCCGGAGAGGAUCAGAUGCUGGUCCUGCAGAUUGUAGCUGGAAUCCUACACCUGGGCAACGUCAGCUUCAUCGAGGUGGGAAACUACGGCCAGGUGGAGAGCAUGGACCUGCUGGCGUUCCCCGCUUACCUGCUGGGCAUCAACCAGAGCCGGCUGCAGGAGAAACUCACCAGCCGAAAGAUGGACUCCAAGUGGGGGGGCAAAUCCGAGUCCAUCGACGUGACGCUGAAUCAGGAGCAGGCGUGUUACACACGUGACGCUCUGGCCAAGGCCCUGUACGCUCGCCUGUUCGACUACCUAGUGGAGGCCAUAAACAAAGCCAUGCAGAAGCCCAUCGAAGAGCUCAGCGUCGGCGUUCUGGAUAUUUACGGAUUUGAGAUUUUUCAGAGGAACGGGUUCGAGCAGUUCUGCAUCAACUUUGUGAACGAGAAGCUGCAGCAGAUCUUUAUCGAGCUGACUCUGAAGGCAGAGCAGGAAGAAUAUGUCCAGGAGGGAAUCAAGUGGAGUCCCAUUGAAUACUUUAACAACAAAAUAGUGUGUGAUCUCAUUGAGAAUAAACUGAACCCGCCGGGUAUCAUGAGCGUCCUGGAUGACGUGUGCGCCACCAUGCACUCUAAGGGCGAAGGAGCCGACAGCACUUUACUGCAGAAGCUGCAGGCUGCCGUGGGGACACACGAGCACUUUAACAACUGGAACUCAGGCUUUGUUAUCCAUCACUAUGCAGGCAAGGUGUCGUACGAUGUAAACGGUUUCUGUGAGAGAAACAGAGAUGUGCUUUUCACCGACCUGAUCGCGCUGAUGCAGACCAGUGAACAUCACUUCAUCCGUAGCCUGUUUCCUGAAAACAUCAACACUGACAAAAAAGGCAGACCGACCACAGCGAGCUCCAAAAUUAAAAGGCAGGCUAACGAGCUGGUGGACACGCUGAUGAAAUGCACACCACACUAUAUCCGCUGCAUCAAACCCAACGAGACCAAGAGGUCCAAAGACUGGGAGGAGAGCCGGGUGAAGCAUCAGGUGGAGUAUUUGGGUCUGCGUGAGAACAUCCGUGUGCGGAGAGCCGGCUUCGCUUACCGCCGAGUUUUCCAGAAAUUUCUACAGAGGUACGCCAUCCUGACCCUGGAGACAUUCCCGCAAUGGCAUGGAGGCGAACAGCAGGGUGUCCUGCAUCUGCUGCGCUCCGUAAAUAUGGACAACGAUCAGUACCAGCUGGGACGCACUAAGAUCUUUGUCAAAAACCCAGAGUCGCUAUUUCUCCUGGAAGAGAUGCGGGAGAGGAAGUUCGACACGUUCGCCAGAACCAUCCAGAAAGCCUGGAGGAAGUACAUCGCCAGGAGGAAGUACGAGCAGAUGAGAGAGGAGGCUUCGGAUAUUCUCUAUAACUCGAAGGAGCGACGCAGGAACAGCAUUAACAGGAACUUUGUUGGCGAUUACCUGGGCAUGGAGGAGAGGCCUGAACUGCGCCAGUUCCUUGCCAAGCGAGAGCGAGUCGAUUUUGCGGACUCUGUGAACAAAUACGACCGCAGGUUUAAAUCAAUUAAAAGAGAUUUGAUCCUGACACCUAAGGGUAUCUACCUGAUCGGGCGUGAGAAGGUCAAAAAGGGUCCUGAGAAAGGCCAGAUCAAAGAAGUGCUGAAGAGAAAACUCGACAUUGGGGCAAUACGCUCCGUUUCACUGAGCACGAGGCAGGACGACUUCUUCAUCCUGCACGAGGCUCAGUACGACAGCCUGCUGGAGUCCUUGUUUAAGACCGAGUUUCUGAGCUUGCUGAGUAAGCGCUAUGAGGAGCAGACCAAGAACAAACUUACACUGUCCUUUAAUGACAGGCUGGAGUUUCACGUGAAGAAGGAGGGAUGGGGAGGAGGAGGAAACCGCAUCCUGGUGUUUUCUCGAGGACAAGGAGACGUGCCUCAGCUCAAACCUGCGGGGAAAACUCUCAAUAUCAGCAUAGGAGACGGACUACCCAAGACUGCGAAACCGACUAGAAAAAGCAUGCAGCCGAAUCAAGGAGGGAAACAAGCCCCCAGAAGAGGUUUCCAGAACGGGGCGGCGCAGUUCUCUCGUGGAAACGCUCGGCCGCAGGAGCAGACCUACUCCACACCGGAUAAGUGGAACCGGCCGCCCAACGCCGCACUGCCCAAACUGGGCUCUCAGAAAACCAGGAAAGGAAACGCAGCUCCACAAACACAGACAUCUAACCUGGACUUCCUCAAUGUACCUGAGCAGGGCAUGUCUGGAAUGCAACGAAGGAGGAGCGUCAGCCAGCGUCCUCCUCCGGCCCCCAGCAGCCGACCCAAAGCUUCGCCACGACCGCAAGGUCCUCGAUGUCGUGCUGUGUACCAGUACGUCGGUCAGGACGUGGAUGAGCUCACGUUUGACGUCGGUGAUGUCAUAGACCUCCUUAAAGAAGAUCCGUCUGGCUGGUGGACUGGCAGGAUGCGUGGGAAAGAGGGCUUAUUCCCUGGGAAUUACGUGGAGAAAAUCUGAAACGGUCAGAACUCUUAAACGACCUGCUUGUGACCUCUGACCUCUCUUUGUUCGUCCAGCCUCUGAGCCCGUCACGACGUGCGUCUGGUGAUGACGAGGCGAGCGGCUCAGGACACAAUUAAAACAUGAACACAGAGGAUUCACUGGUGGUGGCGAUGUUCCUGGUCAGCACUUACAGGAACGGGAUUAGACUUUAUCUGUGAAAGAAAAACCUGCACAUGUUUAAAGACUGUUUCAAAAAUGUUUCAAAAAGAGCAAAAGCCAUUACGAAAAUUUGAAUUCUGCAACGAACGAAGGAAAUUUUACAUUAUUAUUCUUCUGAAUUAAUGAGAGAGGCUGCACUGCUGCUGCACAACCA